CACACGCAGACAUCCAGCAGGGUGCAGGCUCUGGUUCUCCCGGCCUGGCGGCUCUGUGUAGCGGCUGUGCGCCUCUGAGAGGUGGAACCUGCAGUCCGGAUCUCUCACACGGAGCGAGAGAGCCUGGAAUGACACAGGAAUAGAAGAGAGAGAGAGAGUGAGAGAGAGACAGAAAGAGAGAGAGAGAGAGAGAGAGAGAGAGAGACGCGGGGGGGAAGAAGGAGCUACAUCGCCAAGCGAGCCCGGCCAGGCGACCUGCUCGGACCCGGGAAGAGGAGGAGGCAUUCGGAAGAGGAAGAGGAGAGAGAGCGCGUCUCACAGGCAGGCAUGGCAGAUGCGGACCUGGACUUCCAUAGCGGCGAUGCCGGGGCAUCCACCACCUACCCCAUGCAGUGCUCUGCCCUGCGCAAGAACGGCUUCGUCGUGCUGAAAGGUCGACCCUGCAAGAUCGUGGAGAUGUCCACCUCCAAGACCGGCAAGCACGGCCACGCCAAGGUCCACCUGGUCGGCAUCGACAUCUUUUCUGGCAAGAAGUAUGAAGACAUUUGUCCUUCCACCCACAACAUGGACGUCCCCAACAUCAAGAGAAUGGACUACCAGCUGAUCGGGAUCCAGGAUGGAUACCUGUCCCUGCUUCAGGACAGCGGAGGGGUGAGAGAAGACCUGAAGAUCCCCGAGGGCGACCUUGGAAAAGAGAUAGAAUCCAAGAACGAGGCCGGGGAGGAGAUCCUGGUCACCGUUCUGAACGCCAUGGACGAAGAGGCCGCCAUCGGCAUCAAGGCCUUGGGUAAAUAAUCCGCCGCAGGUCAAACCCAGAAGCUCCAGCUGUGUCCAUCUCGCCCCGCCCCCCUGCCUCGACCCCCGCCCGACCCCAGCCUGCCUGAAGAGGAGUGUGCGCCUUGCGCAGAGCGAUGCGUGUGCGAGCGCGACGCCCGCCGCGCGCGAGCCGCUCGUCGACGGCCGGCCGGAGGCCGCUCCAGUCGUCACCGUCCCAGGAUGAGAUUUGUUGUUUGGAUCAAAAAUUAAAACGGCGACAUCCUUUUUUUUUUUUUAAAUAUAUAUAAAUGUUAUCAAUGAUUAUGCAUACUGGAAAUAUUCUAGGAUUCGUGCAUAGUUCUUUGAUGCAUAUUUAGCUGAAAUUCAGAUCCGAAAUAGAGAGAAAAAGUCUAGAUGGGCAGAUUGUUGCGGAGCAGCGUGCCUGAACCUUACAUCGGGGUCAUGUUAACACGAUACGGAGCAUGUGUAGCACAAAAUGGAAUUUAAACGAAAAGGCUUCACAGUUGAUCUUGUGUAUUUGAGCAAUGUCGUAUUGUUCCGUUAAACUGCCUUAUCCACCCCCCCCCCCCCCCCCUCCCUCCCCCAUCCCCCAUAGUCUGAGGAAACGUUUUGUUGUAAACUGUCGAGUCAAAAUUGUUCGAUGCACUUUUUCUUUCUUGCACAUGCGGGCCGCGGGGUGAGCUGCUCGCUGGAUUCGCGUCUCAGUCUGUCGAUCGUGUGUCGAGGUCAAGCUACAACACUCUGUCCUGCUCCAUGUUUUUGUUUCCUUUCCCUUAAAGGGGAUCUGUUGUUCUCACUGGGAUUACUGCUUUUUCCUCAUACUUGCAACUUUCUGUCUGGCGGUACGCGUAAUUUGACACCAGCUUCGUAGUCUUGCUAGAUUAAAAAAAAAAAAAAAACGACCAUAUGAGGACGUGUUGGUCAGGACGACCGGUCCCCUUUGAGCAUCUUCCUCCUCCCCUCGUAACUGUGUUUCAGGGGCGGUCGAGAUGCGCUGGACCUCUGGAAAACGAGGGAAUAUUGCCUCGUCAGAGCUAUCCUCCCUCUUUUUUCCACCCUCUUCCUCCUCAUUAUUGUUUGUCAUACUCUCUCUUUCUCUCUUUCACUGUUUUUCCAGACUCUUCUUUGGGCCAAGCUAGAGAACUGUACUAUAAAUGAUUGAAAAUCUAAAAAAAAAAAAAAAAAAAAAAAACUACAUGCACAUAUAAUGCAGCCAUACCU